AGAAUCCACCUUCUCAACGCUAAAGGUGAAAACUUUUAGAGAACUUCUAAUGGCAGCGGCAGCUACAGGCACCAAGCUAGGGAGAUGUCUACAACAAAGACGCACCUUCAUCAACGCCAGAGUCAAAUGGGUCUGCGACCCAUACCUCGACGAAGCAGUCCAGCGAGAGAAAAACCUCAAACAGCUCCUCUCCCUAAAAGAUCGAAUCGUAUCAUCUCCCUCGAAAUCACUCCCUCUCUCUUCCCUCUCCCCCCUCAAACCUCUCGUCAACCUCCACGUAACCGCCGCCGCCUUUCUCCAGAAACACCCUUCCGUCUUCACAACGUUCCAGCCUUCGCGCUCUCUCCCUCUCCACGUCCGCCUCACUCCGCAAGCUCUCGACCUCCACAAGGAAGAAGAAGAGACCAUCCACCUCGCGCCAACUCACCGUAACGCCGCAGUUCAACGCCUCGCGAAGCUCUUGAUGCUGACGGGAGCCGGGAGUCUCCCUCUCUACGUCGUCGAUCGUUUCGGGUUCGAUCUAGGUCUCCCUCACGAUUACGUUACUUCGUUGAUAUGCGAUUACCCGGAUUACUUUGAAGUAAUCGAGGUUAACGAUCGUUUAAACGGCGGAAAGACGCUCGCUUUGUCGCUUACUUCGCCGCGGGAGAGCCUCGCCGUGUCGGAAAUGGAGAGAAGAGAAGCUUACGUUAAUGGGUCUCGUGUGAAAAAGGGGUUGCGCAUAAGGUAUUCGAUGAAUUUCCCCAAAGGGUACGAGCUGGAGAAGAGAGUUAAGAACUGGGUUGACCAAUGGCAAGACCUUCCGUACCUCUCUCCUUACGAGAACGCGUUUCAUUUGGGGUCGUGCAGCGAUCAGGCUGAGAAGUGGGCUGUCGCGGUACUUCACGAGCUUCUCUACCUUUUGGUAUCGAAGAAGACCGAGACGGAGAACGUGGUUUGUUUAGGGGAGUAUUUAGGGUUUGGGACGAGAUUUAAGAAGGCCUUGGUGCACCAUCCGGGUAUCUUUUACAUGUCGCAUAAGAUUCGGACGCAGACUGUUGUGUUAAGGGAAGGUUAUCAUAAAGCUUUCUUGAUUGAGAAGCAUCCGUUGAUGGGGAUGAGGCAUAGGUAUCUUUAUCUUAUGAGCAGAUCAGGGAGAGUAAAGAAACGAGACUAUGUCCCUGGAAUUAAAGAGAAGCAUUCGAAGCUUUGAUGCACAUAACAAACAACUGCUAAUGUAGAAUGAGUGAGUUGCUAUGAUUGUUCAAGUAAAGACAGCUAAACUGACGACUGGUCCUAAGAACAUCUUGAGAAGUGUAGUAUGGAAAACAAUUUAUUGCUGAUAUGGGGGUGGUAUCAUUGUUCAAAACUUCGUCUCUGGGUUCUGAAUCAGCUUUCAUGCAAGAGGUUUUGUUAUUGAAAAUAUCAGCUCUAGCAGCUGUCUCUAAUGUGACGCAUGGUGAUUAAGUUGAGAGCAUCACGAGACACGAAGCAGAGGAAGAGCUGAAACUCAAGAUCGACCGGGUCAUAGUCAACAUGGGUUAGUGUCCGUCUUCAUGAGUCAAUAAUGUUAUUCAAUUAAUCAAUUGUAUUUUUGUUUAUGUCACGCCGUCAGACUUUUUAUUAAGGUGGUUGCAUGCGUUAUUAA